CGAUUUUGGGUGUCACAACUCGCGGCAACAACCGAUUGAUAGACUGCUAAAUAAAUCCCACCAUCUAUCUGGGCUAUAUGAUUUCAUGCCUCUCCAAUUCACAGUUUGUUCCCCUGUCUCUUGAUACACAAGAUAAUUAGCGGAACUGGGCUCGUCAAUAAACUUCAAAUUCCCGGAACUGCAGGGCUGAUUGAUACAUGGCUGGGCUAGCUGUGUCUGGCGGACCCAGACUGCUCAAGCCUAAACUACCCAAAAUCUACGACGGUGCCGAAGAUGCGCGGGUGGUAGGUCAUUGUCAUGAGUGAUCACCAUUCAUGUUUCUUCUAUAGCCCAGGUAGUUCAAACUAAGACGCAGGGGCGUGUCCGUAAUGCUCGAUAGGACGACCCCCGAGGUGAGAGCUCCCUCCAGACCAGACACCGGCCUCAUACGGAUCGAAUAUGCCCGGGUUGCUGGAAGAGGAAGAGGAAAAAGUCGAACUGGGUCAAAAGAAGAAAGUCUUGCAGCAGCUAUCACGAAGUGGUUGGGUAUAACGAGAAAAAUCGAGUCGAAAGAAGAGAAUAGUGCGUUAGUCUGCAGCAUACGAAACAUCCAAGUCUGGAUUGACCUGAAACAGGCGAGGGGCGCCUGUUUUUUGAUGCUUAAAACAGGCGACUAUAAGGGUCCCGGGUCGGCAUGGUGUGGCCGGACUACAAAUGCGGCGGCUGGGCUGGGCUGGGCUGGCUGUGCGCAUCCAGGAAUGGCUUGCUGCAGCUAUCACCGGGAAAAGAUGGCCGCAGAAGCCGAGAAGGGCCUUAACAGACAAGUUAAGAGCCCAAAAAUACAGAGCGCCGAAGCGAGAGGACAGGAAUCUAAUUGCGGAACUCCAGAUGGUCACGGGCGUUUCGAGAUGGGGCAUCGUCAGAACCGUUCCCCGCAAAGACAUGGUUCUAAUCCGGGGGUCACACUGCGCCGGUCCCGCCCCGUUUCCGGGAGAUGGGAGUGCAACCGAGACUUGAGAACGAGAAGCUACCGGGUACUGAUUACUGGGCUUUCAGGUGGGAGCUGGGAGGAAAACCACGCUGACCUCCAAUUGAUAGGCUCGCGGUAGAAUCCGGGGCUUGUGGUCAGACAUAAUGCGAGAGAGAGAGCUGAUCAGGGCCCCGUCUUGAAACUGGUUUUCAGACAGCGUUCCCCCCCCUGAGAACCCUGGAAAUACCUACUUUGCAGUGGAGUAGCCCACCGCACGACAAAAUUCUCCGAACGGUUGGUCUCGAUAUAAAGGAGCUGU